UUCACGAUUCAGCCCUAUUCCGCAUCUUCCAUUCCAAUAAAAUCUUAUGCCAUUGUUUUUUCAUCGGUGCAAAAUAUGCCACAUCUAGAGGCUGUAAGAGGUGAGUUGCGUUGGGUGGAAGGAGUACAAAUUGAAUGUUAUAAUUUUGACAGCAUUCCAGAACGUGCAUAGAAGGGCUGGGUUUCGAAAUUAAGGAAGUAAAAU